AUGUCAAAGCCACGAUCACAACAAUCUCGUAAAGUUUUUAAUCGGGUCCGAGAAGAGCUUCGCAAAUUAAACAUUGAAGAACAACAACAGAAUGAUAUUGAAUUGAUUUUGGAUCAUUUCCAAUUCGAUUUGAAUAAAACAAUAAAUGCAUUUAAAAAUGGAACAGCAAGCGAAAUUCUCAAUGAGUGGAAAUCAUUGACAACAAGAAAACAGCCACAACAGGAUUCAAGAACAUCUACGCCAAAAAAAUUAUUAAAUGAUCCAGCAUCAAGCAAAACUGUUCCAAAAUAUACAACAGCAUCACGAAAAGCUCCAAGUGAAGAAAUACAUCCUUUGUUACGGGAGAAACAGCCAUCUUUGAUUACGUAUGAUCAACUUACGAGGGAACAUUCCCAGGUGCCGGAAUCCGAUUUCGUCCGUUCAUGUGUCGAUCGAUAG